UAAGUUCACAAGUCAUUAUGGAAUAUAAAAGUUAAUUAAUCAAUUUACAGCUAAAACAAGUUCUAAGUUGAAUACCAAAAAAAAGGACAAUAUAUAAAUCGACUCCAGCCGCCAACUUCCUCAUCACCCUCCAAAUAAAACCCCAAAACCUUCUUCCCAAGAACCCUAAUUCUGCAUCUCUACCGGAGGCGGAUCCAAUGUGGGUUUAUUAAAUCCACUAAUUUUUUUAAAAAAAAGUUGAAAAGUUUUUUUUGAAAAAAAAAAAACAAAAAGAGAAAAAGGGUUAAAUAGAAUAUUUGUAUGAUAUAUGUUAAGAAUUAAAGCUCAGCCUAAAAGGCUCUGUUUUACCACUUUCCUCCAAAUUCUCAAACCGACAAACCCUAACUCCUCUAAAAGGCUCGCACAACCCAGACGCCACUGCCCCGCUGUCCGCAAGUAGACCGGCGAACGCCCCACCGUUCCCGGCGCUCCGCACGCCAGAACCCAGAUCGGAGUCCAGGCCCUCCACCGUGUCACCGUGAGUUGUUGCGAAUUUGCGCCUUUGCGGCCUUGCGUUGCCCACUUUGCCGGUUUCCUAAUUAAGUUGAUUAGAAGGGGAUAAUCAGUGCUCGGUGCUCCACUGCUCCGUCAUCCACUCAUCCAUAAUUCGUGGCUCUGUAGACGCCACUGAACACUACGCAAACUCAAUCAAAUUGGGGAAAUUCAAAAAUCAAACAAAUCACCCCAAAUCCUUAAUCUAAUACAACUUCAAUUCAUCUGGGAAGAGAGAGAAACAAAGUAGAAGAAGAUCAAAAAAGAUGUCGUACGAUGAUGUAGAGAUUGAAGACAUGGAAUGGAACGAAGAACUGCAGUCGUACACUUACCCAUGUCCAUGCGGCGAUCUUUUCCAAAUUACAAAGGAUGAUCUUCGUCUUGGCGAAGAAAUUGCUCGUUGCCCAAGUUGUUCUCUUUACAUCACUGUUAUUUAUAAUCUCGAAGAUUUUGCUGCUAAUAAGAAUAACUCCAAUUUUCAGCCUCCUAAAUCGCAGCCAAUCAGCGUCGCUUGAGCUAAUUUUUACAUUUUUAAUUUUUAUUUACACUAAUUUUUGAUAUAUUGUUCGAAAAUUUUGUUGUUAUUGUUGUUGAAUUUGAUCAUGGUAGAUUGUGCACUGUUUUGCCAUUUGUGCAUACAAUUAUAUUAAUCUUUAAAGGUUGAUUGGAGCUUGAUCUACUGAUAAA